CACUUGUUAAUAUAGAGCCAUUAGUGCAGCCAACUAAACCAAACCGACCCUCUUCCCACACUUUCCAUUUUUCUGCAGGUUCAUAGGUCUCCAGCCCUCUCUCUCUCCCUCUCUCCUUCAUGUUCAAGAACACCUGCCCGAGAUCAAAAGUGUCAGCAUCUGAUCAAGAAGGAAAAUUUUAGUUUAGAGAAAAAUGGCAAGUAGUGAAGUUGAGAAGAUCACAGAACCUGUGUCCUUAACACAGGAAGUAGAAGGGGUGAAGAGUUACCUGACACCAGAAGUAGAAGCUGCUGUGGUUAGCUUGGCGAAAUCGGACGAAAUGCUAAAACUUCAGCAUAACUUACCAGACGGGAACAACAGCAGUAUCUCAGAGGUGCCUGAGGAUGAGAGUUUUUUGGAAUCAUCCUCAAGUGGCAUCAAGGUUUCUGGUCAGGAUCCUUGUGAAAAAGAACAGGUAAAUACUAGUCAAGCUGACGAGCCAAUCGCAGCGAAAAGCUGUCAGGUUCAGCAUGAAAGCAUCGAAGAAGCUGGUCUAGAUGCUGUGGUGGAAGAUCGGGUGUCGCCUGGCAUCGAAGCCGCCGAACAGAUCAGCACACCUGAGAUACGUUUAGUGCAGAAUGAAGCUGCAGCUUCAGAAACAUGUUUGGAAAAUGGAAGUCAGGACAAUGAUUUUAGCUCUGGAGUUGAAGGUAAGGAUUUAGAGCCUGAAAAUGAAGAGGCCAACAAAAGCGAAAUGGCUUCAUCAGUGGAAAAUGAAGUGGCUGAAAAAGGAAAUGUAGUUUUGGAGACUGGUCUGCAGGAUGAAGAGAAGCCAGCAGAUCCUGAAGAUGUCAAGGAUGGAGUUUUAGUGCAGGAAAAGAAUUCUAUUGCAACAGAAGCAAAUGAGAUAGCUGAAUGUGCAGAAGAAGCUAGAAUCUCCAAUGAUAAACCUGAUGAAGCAAUGGCAGCGGAAGCUGAAACUAUGGUGGAGAAAACCUUGCACUCAGAGUCUCACGAAAAAGCAAAUGAACAGAAUGAAGCAGCUGUAGAAACUGAGAAGCACAUUGAGAGUGAGUCUAGAGAGUUAGGAGAACCAGCAGUUGCAGAAUUGGUCACAAUGAGUGCUGAAAGUGAAACAGAGGCAGAGAAACAAGAACAGGUUGAUGAACCAGAUUCUAAAGAAGGUCUGGAGAUCCAUAAUUAUGGGGCAAGCAAAGAAGUAGUUCAAACAGAAGAAGAAGCAUAUGAUGCAAAGACACCUGAACUGGAAACCAAGAGUAAGUGGAUACUGAUCUCCAGUACAUUGAGAUAGAAAACUUGUGGCAUGUGUAGCAUGUAAAUGGUGUUUUAACCAGGAUGAUUGCUUUUCUGCCAAGUAAAGUCUUUUUGAACAUCUGUUGCAGGUAAUCAUGAUGAAACUGUGAACAAAGAAGGGAGCUCAAAGGAAAUUACCACAGUAUCUGAUGAUGACAAAGUGGAAGAGCCUGUCAAAGAAAACACUGAUCAGGACUUGCAAAUUGAUGAUCAGAGUGCUAGAAAAGAAGACAUUGCUACUCCAUUGGAAAGUGACGUGGCAGAGAAGGAAAAUACUGGCGAAAUCGGUGUGCAGGAAGAAGAGAAAACAGCAGACUUUGAUGAUGUCAGAGAUAAUGAAGUUGUUCUGCAAGAAAAGACAGCUAAUGCAACAGAAGCAAAUGAGACAGCUGAAAGUGCAGAAACUAAAAUCUCUGAUGAUAAACCUGAUGAAGCACAGAAAGUGGAAUCUGAAACUGUGGAGAAGAAACCCCUACAUUCAGAGUCUCGAGAGGAAGCAACCUAUCAACAAAAUGAAGCACCUGCAGAAAUUGAAAACCACAUCGGCAGUGAGCCAUCUGCAGAAUUGGUCACAAAGAAUGGUGAAAUAGAUGAUGAGAAACAAGAAGAGAUUGUUCAACCCGAGUCUAGCGAAGCUCCAAAGGUUCAUCAUGAUGCUGAGACAAGCAAAGAAGAAGAGAAAGUUCAGACAAAAGAAGAAACAUCGGAUGCACAGAAAACUGAGCUGGAACCCAUGAGUAAUGAAGAUGAUACUGUAAAGGAGCUAGAAACAAAUCCAACACUUGGUAUUGAUGAGGCACUCGAAAAAACUGCUGCGAAGCGUGAAAACCCGACUAUUCACAUUGUAGAAAAAGAGGUAGAAAUCCAGAAAGAAGAGAUCUCUAAGGAAGAUAUGAAGGGGGAUGAUGCAGUUGAUGUUAUAGAAGAGCCUGUCAAAGAAGACACUGCUGAGGAAAUCAAGAUCGAUGAUCAUAGUGCCAGCAAAGAGAUCAUUGAGGAGACCAAAAGAGUUGAUUCUAGUGUGGAAGAUCCAGAGAAGAAUGAGCAAAGCCCCAAGGUAACAUUAGAGACUCCUCCUCAAGGAGAAAAGGAUGGUCAGGAAAACGAUGAGAAGGAGGAACAGAAGACUGAAGGAGUUGAAGAAGAGGAAGUUCCCAAGAAGAAUGAAAGUGUUGAUGCUUCUGAGGAAACAAUUACACUAGGUUUUUCUUCACCAGAUGAUGAGAAAGAAGAGGCUGAAGAGAUCAACAAGGAAACAACUGAAACAGUUGAUGAAUCUUCCCCUCCAACUCAGGAUCAUGAAAGCUGUGACUCAACUGUUCAAACUUCAGUGGAAAAGAAAGAAGUAAGACUGGAAAGUGAAAACAUUGGUGUGCCAGUUGAAUCAAAUGAAAAGAGUAAAGGGGUGGAAGAAGUUGAGGAUAUAAGCAACAAUGAGACAUCAAACGUGGCAGAGGCAGAACAGUUGGUUAUUCCAGUAUUUUUACCAGAAUCUGAGGGGGAUUCCUCAAGUAAACUGGAUCAUGGUGUUUCCGAAGAGAAGACAGAGAUUUCUGAAGAAGAUGCCAAGGGAGACCUCUCCAAUGAAAUCCAUGCAACAGAUACCAUUGAGCAAACUCCAGUUGAAGACUUGCAGAAAAGUGAAGAAACUGUUGAACACUCAAAUAGAGAGGUAUUGGAACAAUCUGAAACUGCUGCAGAAGUUGAGAGCGGCAGUACUCCAGAUGAGACAGAACAAAAUGGUGAAGCUGUUGUCGAUGAAACAGCUCCAAAUUCAUUGAGCAACCAUGAGAAAGAACAGAAUGCUGAAACCAAAACUGAAGCAGAAUCUUCAGUGGAGCAGCAAAUGGAAGAGCCUGUCAAAGAAGGCAUAGUUGCGGACUUGGGAGUUGAUGAUGCAAGGGCUUGCAAAGAGAUAGAGCAAAAUAAGAAAGCUCCUGAUACAACAUUGGAGACUUCCCAUGAAGGAGAAAAGAUAGAGGGUUUACCAAAUGAGGAUAAGGAUACUGAUAAGGGAGAAUCAAAGAGUGAAACUGAAGAGGAAGUGGGACAGAGGACUGAACAAGGAAAAACUGUUGAAAGGGUGAUCGAGGUUCCUCAGGUUGAUUGUCAGGCUGCAGUAGUGGCUCAUGAAGGCACUGGAGAACAUAGUAUAUAUGAGACAGAACACAAACCAAGAGUUGAAGCUUCCGAGGACAGCAACGUUAUCGUUACUCUGGAAGCUUCACCAGAAGAUGAUAAGAAAGAAGAGGUUGUGGAAAGCAACAAGGAGACUACUGAAACAGUUGUUGAGCCUGCAACUGCAACUCAGGAUCAUGGAAGCCUAGAAAGUGAAUCCCUUGGACUGGAACAAGUUGCAGAGAUCUGCAAGGAGGCACCUGAAACUGGAGAAGUGACAGAAGGAGCUGAGGGAAAUUCCUCAAGUAAAGUGGAUGAUAAUGUUCAAGAGAAGGUAGAUAUUCCGGAAGAAGAAAGCCAUUCAACAGAAUUCAUUGAGCCAAGUAAAGCUGAAGACUUGCAGAAAGACAAACAGAAAGCUGAGCUCGCCAGUGAAGAGGUUUUGGAACAGUCUGAAACUGCUGCAGAAGUUGAGAGCAGCAGUACUGCACAUGAGACAGAACAAGAUGAUGAAGUUGUCACUGGAAUAGCUUCAACCAUAGAGGUCAAAACUGAGGUACCUGAGACAGAUGAGAUCAUGGAAAAGGAAACACUGAAAGGCGAAAAAGUUGAAACUGUGCUGCAAGAGGAGAAAGAACACGAGACAAGAACUUCAACAGAAGAGAAUCCUGAAGAGCUAGUCACCGAACAUGAAAUCACUAUGAAGGAUACGGAAGUCAGUGGAGAAAUCCAAACUAAAGAUGAUAAGUUACCGGUUGUUGAAAAAGAAGUGCCUGAGAUUAUUCAAUCUGCUGAUGAGGAAAAAGAAUUAGAGAAUACCAUGGAAGACAAAGAAGAGUCUACCAAAGAAAUGGCAGAGCUUGUACAGAGUGAAAAGGUGGUCGAAUCGGUGUUAGGAGAGGAAGGGGAGAAGGAAGGCGUUCCUGAAGAGAAAGCAUCAGUAGAGCCAGAAGCAGUGGAGGCCAUAGAUACCACACAACAAGGAAAUCUGAUAGAAGAGGUGAAAGAAUCCAUCCCCUCGUCAACAGAAUCUGAUAAAGCAACAGGCUCCAAUGAACAAACAGAGUCUGUAGCUGCCAUUAUCCAAGCUGCACCAACACUGGACAAAGAAACAUUGGUGGAAGAAACAACAGAAGAUGAGAGUACAAUGGUUGAAGGAACUGAGAAGCCAUUGGUGGCUUCUUCAGCUACUACAACCUUUGAAGAUUCUGAAGGAACAUCAAAGGAGGAAACUAUAGAGGAAGAUCAUGAGGAAAGGAAGCAGAUUGCUGAUGAAUUUGGUGAAUCUAGACUUCCUGCAGCAGGAAUUCUGGAGUCUGCAGCAAUGCAAGAGGAAGAAGUGAAAGGCAACGUCGAAUCGGUAGUUGCAGAGAGUGAGGCUAUCCCAGAUCAGCUAGCAGAGGAGAAACAUGUGGUACAAUCUUCAGAAGUGCCUUCCCAUGAAGAUGAUGAUGAGGAAAAGAAGCAGCCUUACGAUGAAGUUUGUGAAUCCAGACUUCCUGCAGCAGGAAUCCUGGAGUCGGCAGCAAUGCAAGAGGAAGAAGUGAAAGGCAAUGUUGAAUCAGUACUUGAAGAAAGUAAGGCUGUCCAAGAGCAGAUACCAGAAGAGAAACAUGUGGUACAAUCUUCAGAAGUCCCUGCCCAUGGAGAUGACUAUGAGACCAAAGCUGUGAUUGAGAAUACAGAAGAAGAGGAAGCCAAGAUUGUGUUGGUUUCACAACCUGACUCCCCACAUGAUCCUUUGGAGCUCCAGACCACAAAAGACACUUCCCUGAAAGAGGUGCAGCCUAGGGAGCUUGAAUCUGAAGCAAGCACAGAGAACAAGCCGGUUGAAGAACAGGACAAGGAAGAGGGAGCUUCACAAACAGUUGAAGAACAAAUCAAGGAAGCAUCUGAAGGUGUUGAGGCCACAAAUGAAGACAAAAUAACUGUUGAGAAAUCCAUCAACGUGGAGGAAGCGGAAGAGCAGCAUCAGGAAGAACCUCCUUCUUUGCUUGCAAAGGGUGAAGAGGAGAAGGAAAGCUCAAUUGACACUGAGGAAGUGAAGGAUGAGUUGCCUAAAACUGAAUCAGAAUCUGAAGGAGAGUCCUGCUCACAGGAGCAGGUGAAAAGCCUUGAAGAUGCAGGGGAAGAAGUUUUUGUUUCAGAUGAGAUGGAUCAAAAGCAAGAAGCUUCAGAUUCCACUGGGAAUGAAGAAGUUAAAGAUGAUGAAGUUCCAGCAACUCAGGCUCUCCCUGAAGAACCUGAAGUUCUGCAAGAUGAGCCAAAACAAACAGAAGAAGAAUGUAAGCCAGAAGAGGUUGAAAAGGAAAAUCAGGUGAAAGAAAUCCAGGAGGAAGUCAAUGCUUCUUCAGUUGACAUUACAGAAGAAAACAGAGAAAUUCCAGAAGCAUCUGUAGCAGAAAACACAGCAAAACAAACAGAAGAACAUGAAGUGGAACCUCAUGUUGAAGAAGGUGUACUGGAAUGUGAUAAAGUACAGAAGGGAGAUGAUGCAGCUGUUUCUACUGAAGAAACAAAAGAAGUUUCUGCCUUGACUACACUGGAAGGAGAAGCAAGCAGGCCAGUAGAGCAAGUAGUUGCAGCAUGAAGUUGAAGAAUCUGCAAUCACUAAAGAAACUAAAGAAGUUUCUGAAGUAGUACAAGUGUCUGGUACCGCUGAAGCUAAACCACCGAAAGAAAAUGAAAUCAGUCAUCCUAAAAAAGUGAACCCAUAGAAGAAACCUUGAAAGAAAUAGAAGAAGCAAGUGGGCCCAUGGAGCAAGUUUCAAGGGAGUUUCAAGUCUCUGAGUUGGAGCCUGAAGUUGAAAAGAGCUCACCGGAAAGUAAAGGAUCUGCAAUCACUGAAGAAACUGAAGUUGUUUCUCAUGAUACUAAACCUCUGGAAGAAAAUGAAAUUAUUCAGCCUGAGAAUUCCCUUGUUGAGAAACCUGAAGAGGAGCAUCCUGAAGCAUUAGAAACAAGCAAGCCCAUGGAAGAAACCUUGAAAGAAGCCAAAGAGACCAUUGUUGGCCAACAGAAAGAAGGACAAGAAGAGAAAGAAGAAUCUUCUGAGCCUGCCUCCAAUUUUGAGUUCCCAGGCUUUAUACAACCUAAGGAGCUUGAACAACAAGUCACCACAGAAUGCCCAUCUGGAAGUGAAGAAAGCAAAGAAACAGCAGCAACACAGGAAAAAACAGUUGAUAUCAGCACUGUUAUAAAUAAAGAGACUCUGAAUUCUGCAUCAGAAGGUAGUUCCCAGGCUGUCAUCACCAAACCGGUGGAUAAUGCUGAAAAUCAACCGGAGGGAUCCGAAGCUGAGCUGGUUAUAAAGGAAAAGGAAAAAGAGAUUAUCCAGGAGAGCAAACCAGAAAGUGAACAGAAGGCUGAAAGAAUUCCUGAAGACGAGAUUGAACCUAAAGAAAGCGGAAAUGAUGGGGUCAGCCGUGAGAAGGAGAGCAUUCCAAGUGAAUGUGAUGUGAAGAUUGUUGAAGAGGAUGAAGCUAAAGUGAAAACUGAAGAGGGCAAAGCUGAAGACACAACUCUGAUCGAUAAGGAACUAUGCACAGAAAUAUCACAAAGAGAUCUUCCCAUGGAACUUGUGGAAGAAGCAACUUCUGAGAAGCAGAUUUCAACUGCAGCAAAACCAAGUGCAGCCGAUGAGACAAUCAACCCAGCCAAAGUCUCACUGUUUGACAUGAUGGCAAAAUCCACAAGAGAAAGGCAAGUGGUUCUUGAACCGACAGAAGAGAAAGAACCACAGCCAGCAGUAACAAGAGAUGAGACCAAAGCAGCUGAAGCAGAACCCGAGAAAGCGAAAUCGGACAAUGAGAAGGAAAACGACGAAGAACGCCAAGAAGAGGAACAAGAUGAAGGUGAGGACCAGCAUAAGAACGACUCAGGGUCUGAUGGUAUGGUGAUUGUAGAAGCCAGCAAGGAAGCCGAGGUGAAAGUGGUUACUACUCCUCAGAAGAAGUCCCACAACAUUCUAUCAGAAGUUGGGUCCAAAGUGAAGCACUCAAUUUCCAAGGUAAGGAAAGUGAUCACAGGCAAGUCUUCUCAUCAAUCAAAGCAGAAAUCUCCUGAGCAAAAUUCACCAAAAUGAAACAGAAAUGUUCUUGGUAGCUACAUUGGCAAGUUAGAGAGCAAAAAUAGUGCAUAUAAGUUUUGUAAUGAGAGGUUCAUUUUCUUCUUCUUCUUGUGAGUGAUUGAUUGAGAUUGAGUGUGGUGUGAGUGUGCAUAUAGGCAUAUUGAUUAUAAAUUUUUCAACUUUAUGAAGAUUUCUAGGUUUGUAUAGAGUCGGCAACAUGGCUGACAAUCUUUAUUUUUCUUUCUAUACUGGUAUGGGUUUGUAAUGGGGAUUGGAAGUUUUAGUCUUUAUGAUCCUGAAUAAUACCAUUUUGCGC